AUGCGACUUUUUAUGUUCCUCUCUGGGCUGGCUGUCUCCAUCGCUGCCCCCGGUCUUGUACCACGGGCUGUCCAUGCGCCGCUGAUAAUUCCUCGCGGGGACGGUGCAAGCCUUGUUGCCGAUCAAUACGUUGUGUAUCUUCGAUCUGACGCCUCCGAAGCCGACCACAAAGACGCUUUAAAGAGCUUGAAUAUCAAGCCCAGACACGAAUACAGGAGCCUUGUCCGCGGCUUUUCAGCAAAUCUCGACGGAAAUACACUCGCGGGCUUGCGAAGACAUCCAGCUGUUGACUUCAUCGAACAAGUGACAAUGUCUUCCAUCUCUAAUCUCAAGCCAGUGAACCGGGCACCUCGAAACUCUACGGGAGCCAUUAUCGAGCAGAAGGGCGUAACGUGGAACCUAGACCGCAUUUCACACCAAAAGUCGAGUUCCGAGAGCGAAACCAAGUACGUGUACGACUCUCGAGCCGGCGAGGGCACCUGCGCCUAUGUUAUCGACACUGGAGUGGACGACACUCGCCCGGAAUUUAAAGGACGCGCACUGCAGAUCAAGUCCUUUGUCGCCAAUGAAACCGGCGAUAACAGCAGAGACGGCCAUGGCACCCACGUUGCCGGCAUCAUCGGCAGCGGAGUGGCAAAGAAGACCAGGAUAUUCGGCAUUAAAGUUCUGAACAGCGAGGGCUCUAGGGAGACUGAUGCGCUCAUUGCAGGCUACGCGUCCAUAGGCCUCGAGUAUGUGCCCAUCGACGCCGCGAAUCGCACCUGCCCCAAUGGCGUUGUUGUCAGCUUCAGCAUCAAUUCAGGGCUCUACGAAAAGGCAAUAAGUGUUGCAGCAGGUGCCCUGGUCAAGAAGGGCUAUUUCAUGGCCGCCUCGGCCGGCAAUAUCGUGGCGCACUCCUCGCCCGCAUCCGAGGCGACUGUAUGCACAGUCGGAUCUGUUGACAUUAACAACAAGCCUGCCUCGGACUAUGGCUACGGCCCGGGCCUUGACCUCUUGGCUCCUGGUGUGGAUAUCCUUUCCCUGCAGCCAGAUAACAGAACUGCAUUGUUGAGCGGAACGUCGCAAGCCACUCCCCAUGUUACUGGUCUAGCGGCAUAUUUUGCGUCUAUUUUUGGCAAGUCGGCUGUUCCGAAACUGUGUCAGUACAUGAAGGAUGUGGCGGUCGAGGGGGCAGUCAAGGAGCAGAACUUGUAUACGGCGAACCUUCUUGUCACGAACUCUGUUGUGGGUGCAUAG